GGUGGAUUCGUCAAUUUCUACGCCGGGCUGGGCGUCACAGUCUUCGGAGCCAUGCCGGGUGUGGCCUUGUAUUUUGGAGUCUACAGUUACUGCAAACGGGUAUUGCUGCAAACUGACUUUGGGCAAUCACACAAGACACUUUCCAUUGCCAUGUCGGCAGCGAUAGGCAAUUCAGUGGCGAGCUUUUCCCGCGUACCCUACGAAGUCGUCAAACAACAACUACAAACGCAGGCGUACGACACAACGUGGCAAGCCUUCAAGGCAAUUGCUGCCUCCGAGAAUUGGCUCGGGAUGAUUUUUCCCAAAGGCGGUGUUGCCGUGCAAAUGAUUCGGGACGUUCCGUAUGCGGUGGUGACGCUCCUUCUGUACGAAUCCCUUCAGUCCACACUUUCCAGAUCGUUGCAGCAGAGUACUAGCCAACAAAAGGCUUGGGAUUUUGCGCUUGGGGGUGUCGCAGGUGGGAUCGGAAGCUGGGUAACAAACCCAAUGGACGUUGUCAAAACACGGUUACAAACAAGGAGUGAGCUUUAUGGUGGCUCUGUCGCACAGUGCGUGUCGUCCAUUUGGCGGGAAGGUGGCGCGGCGGCAUUCUUACGCGGUAGUGUGCCACGACUCAUGCAUAAGGUACCCGCGAACGCUUUUUUCUUUUUGUUUUACGAA